AUGAAGGUUGCUUUGAGCACCGUGCGCUGCGCAACUUAUCGAUGUUAUUCUUUUACGCUGCCGGGUUGGUUGGAGGCCACCUCUUUAGGUGCUCUUACAUCAGCACAGGACUUGGACACCAGCGAAAAAGGUUUCGGUCACCCGCCGAUUCCCGGCCGCGCACGAGCCCCUGACAAAUGCAUCUUCGCCGCCUAUGACGGGGUGACAAACGAUCACCGGGAACCAUCCCUCAACUGUACUGAGCGGAAGAGCGGCAGCUGCUGUCACUCCGUUGGCCGCGGCAACGGUAUUGAUGGUCGAGUGGUCAGCAGCUCCAAAUCUGUCGCACGUCGUUUCAGCACAACCAGGAAAUGGGUCGGCAGCCUUGGCGCCAGUACCGCCACCGCCGCAGCUACCGCCACCUUCUCCACUCAAUCCAGACCCAACGCAGACGCCGCCAAUGCCACAGAGAAGCAGCAGCAACGGACGCCCCCUGCGGCUCAGCCGUCGCCACCACCACUGCCGCAGCGCCCCUCUGCCGCCGAUCUACUGGGCCCUAUACUGAAGGAUAAGCCGUUCACAGUUGCACAGGAAACCGCCACACUCGGAAUUCAAACGAAUCCCCAACUGCCUGGUCGAGGUCGUGGUCUGGUGGCUGUUGGGUCCAUCCCCCGGGGCCAGGUGGUGCACCGGGAGGUGCCUCUGGUGGCCUUUCCGGAGCUGGGGGCCACACACGGGGUUUGCUACCACUGCCUGGCCCCGCUGACCUCCAGCACCACCACCACUAGUCCGGUGCGCCACUCCGGACCCAACCGCCGCCGCUUCUGCUGCGACAGCUGCAUGAACACAGCCCGGACGCAGUACCUGGACGUGGAGGAAGCAGUGGCAGCGGCAGCAGCAGCAGCCGCAACCCAGGGCAGCGGAGGAAAAGGAGGAGGAGGGCAAGGAGGGCCCCUGGCGCAGCUGUACGAGCAGUGCCGACAACACGGCGAGCGGUUCCCGCUGAUGGCAGCCCGGCUGGCAUUUAUGGAGGUUUCGGAGGCGAUGCGGCAGUGCCUGGAAGGGCUGAGGACGCAGACAAGGAGGAAGAAGACGUUGGUUUCGGAGCAACAGCUCGAUGGACGCGGCGAUGUUUGCGUCGGAUACGGCCUGCUGGCGGCAGCAUUUCGCGCGCUGGCUGCUGACCUGGCGGCGCUCCGAAACCUAGCAGCGACGAUGGUUAUGGCAGCGGCGUCAAGGUCUCAGCAGAAAGGAGCCGUUACGGACAUGGACAUGCGCAUGGAAGCCGAGUUGGAUCCUGAUUCGGUGUUGGAUUCCUUGUCUGGGGUCGUGAAUAAGGCGGUUACGGAGCGAGUGAACGUGGAGUGGUUUGUUGGGGUGAUGGCCCGACUGCAUCUCAACGUCUUCCAGGUGCACAACCCGCUGGCAGGGGCCGACCCCGCAGACCUGGCGGCCGCCGCCGCCGCUCUCGUGUCAGGCAGCGCCGGCGGCGCCAGCAGCGGCAGCGCCGUCUACCUUGUCGCCUCUCUCUUCAACCACUCUUGUGAACCCACCCUGGAGCUGUCCUUCCCCGAUCUGGACGCAGCCGCCUGCUUCGUAGCCGCACGCGACAUCGCGCCCGGGGAGGAACUCUGCGUGUCGUACCUGGACGUCGGCUUGCCGUACAAUGUACGGCAGCGGCAUUUGAAAUGGUCAUACGGGUUCGUGUGCGGCCUCCGACAUCGCGGAGCAACAGGCUGCUGCGCCCUUAACUCAAGCCGCGCCCGCGUCACAGCCGCGGCCGCGGCGCCGCCGCGCGGCCUCAGCUCCCUUCUCCCCCGCCGAAUAACCUCCUCGCCUACCGGCGCCGCCCCCGCCUCCGCGGCCUCUUCCUGCGCGCCUUCUUCUCAUCGUCUGCCGCCCCUGGGCCACUUCACACGUGUCGAUCACCGUCGCGGCGGAGUGGUCGCGUUCAGUAGCCACUCCAAGGAGGAACUGGAGGCGGUGGCGAGGGAGAAGUACGGCAAGCCGUACGAUACGCUGAGUACGGAUGAGAAGAAGGCCGUGGGCGGCGUGAUUGGUGGCCGUGUCAGGAGCUCCCAGCUGGGUCACGAGGGCUACCAGGAGUUGGGCCACCUAGGUGGUGAGGCGCGUAAGGAGCAGCUGAGCCACGAGGGGUACCAGAUCUUUGGGCAGCCGGCGCUACGGGGCGGCAUGCAGGUGCCCCGAAGUGCGCGCGGGCUGGAGCUGGGGCACCUAGGUGGUGAGGCGCGUAAGGAGCAGCUGAGCCACGAGGGGUACCAGGAGACGGGCCACAAGGGCGGUGCGGCACGAGGAGAGGGUGCCGCUCGUCAGGAGGAGCGGCCGGAGGAGUCGUUCGACAAGCACAUUGAAGCGUGGCGACACUGGGAGAACCCGGAAACGAAACGCCGAGUCCACUGCCCUGACUACAUCCGGCGGGUGCGGGAGAUGUCAGCGGACGACACUAAGGGCCACCACACAGCCGGCGACGUCGCCACGUUCUCCCCGGGCGGCUACCGCAUCGCUGCCCUUGCAGCCGGUGGCGCCAUAGAGGCCGUUGAGGCGGUGUUGCGGGGGGAGGUCCGCAACGCGUACGCCCUGGUACGACCGCCGGGCCACCAUGCGGAACGCGACCAGGGCAUGGGCUUUUGCAUCUUCAACAACGUGGCGGUGGCUGCGGCCCAUGCGUUGUCCGUCAGGGGGCUGCGGAGGGUGGCAAUAGUGGACUUCGACGUGCACCAUGGCAACGGUACGCAGCACAUGUUCGAGAGCGACCCGCGGGUCAUGUUCAUCAGCUUGCACCAGGACUCCAACUACCCUCUGAGAUCGGGCUACAUGACGGAGAAUGGUGUGGGGCAGGGCGAGGGCACCACCCUCAACGUGCCGCUGCCCCCCGGCUCCGGCUCGGGGGCCUACCAGGCCGCAUUCACCCGCCUCGUGAGACCUGCCCUGGAGAUAUUCAAGCCCGAGCUGCUGCUCGUGUCAGCAGGGUACGACGCGUCGUACAUGGACAACCUGGCGGCCAUGAUCUUGUCCAGUGCGGACUUUGGGUGGAUGAUGCGGCAGCUGGUGGAGGCCGCCGAGUCCCUGUGCGGGGGCCGUCUGGUGGCCCUCCACGAGGGCGGCUACAGCGAGCUGUACGUGCCCUUCUGCGGACUGGCGGCGCUGGAGGCCUUGAGCGGGGAGAAGACGGAGGUGCAGGACCCAUGGCUCCACGAGGUGAGCAGUUGGGGCUACCAGGAGCUGCAGCCGCAUCAGGAGGCGGUGGUGGCGCGGGCGGAGAAGCUGUUGGACAAGCUCAGGCAGGCGGUGGCGGGGGACACGGCGGGGCGCGAGGGGGACGGCGGGAUAGCGGCAGAGGCGCCGGCAGCAGCAGCAGCAGCAGCGGGGGGAUAA